GAAAAUAUUAGGCGCCAAUAGCGUUAAGACCGCAACACUUUUCUUUGACUAGGAUUUCAUUCUCUCUAAGGUUCUACAAUGCACAUAUCCAAUGACGAUAACUGAAAUACUUAUUAGAACAGUGAAAUUAAUAAUAACAGUAGUCCAGUUGUAUUACGCUUCAUCUGUUUCAAUGAGUUUUUGCCAGUAGAUUUGAAAAUCUUUAACAACUUAUUGUUUUGUCAAUUGAUAAAAUGGCUUCUUUUCAAAAAGCACUUGAAAAUCUUAAUGAAGGUACAAUAUGCAUUAGUGUAUGUGUUAGUGUGUGGCUGUUAUUAAUUGCGGCUAGAAUGGAUAAUGUCUUAAUAAUUCCUUAUUGGACAAUAUUUCUACCACUUUGGUUGUGGAAAACGAUUGUUUUUGUCGGCUGGUUAGUUGGCUUAAUAGUAUGGUGUAAACAUUGGAGAAUUCAUGUUGAUGAUUCAGAGCGUAGUACAUUUCUUGUUCGUGAUGACCCUGCUCUACCUUACAUUCAAGCAAUGUCUGUAUCAGCAUUUUUUCACUUUCUUAUCACGUGUUCUGAAGUGUUAUUAUGCAUUCAUUUAUCAAUUGAAUCAUCUAAUCUUACUUAUCUAACUAUUUUAUCACCAUUACUAGUUGUUGGUGCUUUGGGUGUGUUCGGAUUUCUUUUUGUUAUGAUCGAUUCAAGAGCAACAUUUACAGCAAAUGCACGACGUCGAAGGCAACAUCAUUCACGAUCCUUAAAUAACAAUACCGGUAAUACUACCAUUACUAGUACCAACACUAUCAACAAUAAUAGUAUUAACAAUAAUACUACUACCAACAAUAACUCAGAUUCAUUUGUUUUCAUACCACGUUCACGUCAUGUAUGCUCGUUUACCUUAGAAUUAUGUAUCGCUGCUAAUCUAUUACAAUUAUUAUUUUUAAUUGCUAGACUUGACAAUUGGAUACGUUCAAAUUGGAUUGUCACCUUUAUCCCAUCAUUCAUAUUAUUAGCAAUGGGAUUUUUAUUUUGUUUUGCUGGUUUAACUAUUGCACUAAUCACAUACUUUACAGCCUUCUUUAUUCCUGUAGCCCAACGUAGAUUAUCUGUUUGUUAUUAUGCUUCACACUUACUAAUAGUUAUUUUCUUAUGCACUUCAUUAAUCCUUUUAGGGUUGAGAUUAGAUGGUUAUCUUUCUGCUUCAAAAAGUAGUGCAUUAUUAAUUUGUAUACCUGUAUUGUUGAGUAUGUUCUUAUAUGCUUCGUUAUCAUCUGGUCCUGGUAAUCCAUGGUGGUUCGGUUUGAACCGUAAUGUACUUCUGGCGAUAUUUGAGUCUUGUCCAACUUUACAACUGUGUGCCAAUAAUCAUAUUAGUAAAACUAGUCUGUGGAGAGUAUCUCGUUACCAUGGCGAUAAUGGUGAUAUGAAUAACACAUUGACGAUAGAUUCUUAUAAUGGGAAUCCUGUCGGAGUUGAAUUGUAAGUUUUCUGUAUAAUUCUGUUUCAUUUUAUAUUUAUGAGGUUGUCUUGUUAUGUUCUGGGUUUGUAAAUUGCCAAUAUCAAGUAAAUCCGUACUAAAGUUAUAUGUAGCUAUUGCUUGUAUAAAACAAAUCCACAACAGUUGCAUUCCAAAUGAGCUAGCUGGUUUUACGAAAUACAAUGAUAGUUACAUUUCUUUGAUGUGAAGCCUAGUCAUUUCCUCUAACAAGUACCUAUUUUUCAUCUCCAUCGACGUUUCUUCUAGUUGAUUGAUCAAUGUGUAAUGAUCACUAUUUAUUUCAUGUCCUUCUUCAAUGCCGACAUAAUUCUAUCGAUCAAGUUUCAAUGUGUCCACUAGCCUAAGUGACUGUAUUUUGCGCGCACAAUGUUAAGCUGUGGCCUGGAUAACGUUGACUGACCUACCUUAAAGUUCAAAUAGUCAUAAAAAUGGGUUUGGUGUGUUACUUUAUUUGGUGCACUAUUAUGCUCUUGUCUUCUUGAUAUUCGUCAAUACAUGAGAUUUGAGAAAUUUAUCUAAUAAUAGUCUGUAAAUGAUUGUUUUCAUUUGCUACAUUCUCACUGAUGGUCAUCUUGUUCAAAAUAGUAUUUUCGCUAAACCUCAACAACUCCCAGCUCCUCCUUAACUCCGAUAUUUUGGUAAAAUUUUUACUACUCACCGUUGAUAUCAGUCAUUGAAUAAAUUUGUAUUUUUUAUGCAAGUUGUUUCUCUUUUUUGUUAUAACCAACUGGUAUGUGUGUUUCUAUAUCGAUUAGUUCGGAUCAGGCUGCGGAAGUCAUUUGACUGGAAAUCUGUUAUUUGUCCAUCACUAACCGCCUUCACAUCUGUUUAAUUAGCUGACUAAUAACCCCGUCAGAUUAUCUCAAGAUAGGAGUUAAUUUUUAUUGUUAUCAGUUUAUUCUGCAGUUCCCCCUUAAACUCAAUCAAUAGUUCUAUCUUAUGUUCGAGCAUAAAUAAGUUUUCCAAAUAAUGCUAUUUUGCCCCAAUAUAUAUUAUUAGGCACAUAAUCAGUAUGUGACUAAAGUACAAAUACUUAGUCUAUAAAGAGUAACAAACUUCCACUUUCAGUGAUUACUAAUUGCGAUAUUAACGUUUUAGCAGUAAUUCUUGCCUGGUUAUUUGCCAAACCAAUCAGACAAUUAGCCAGUUUUCUAAGAUUGCGUGGUAAGUCAAUUACAGGCAUAAGCGAGGUUUAAUGAGCGAAAAGAUCGUUCAUUUGGCAAGAUCAGUCCUCCGAUGUAUAUUUAUAAAUACGUGUGAACUGAAAGUUUAUCUGUUCGGUAUCUUACAAUAACCUCCACGCAGUUUCAUCUCCAUCCUCUGUCUCAAUAGUAGUCGAACCGGACUAAAAACAAUGACGCCAGUCUUAUGAAAACAAUUUGUAACCUGAUGACACAAGUUCAGAAAUGAUUGUUUUGGUUAGCAUUUGUAGAGCGUUCAAUAACUAGGGAAAAUCUAAAUAUCAUUCUGUCUCAUAUUGUUUAGAAGCGAAUUUAUCUUUAAUAUAUUCGAUUAUCUUUCUACAUAAACCUGAAGAAAACCAGCAAAUACAAGUUUGUGUUUAAGUGUGCCAUUUUAGAUUUCUCUUUUCUUUCAGUCUUUAAUUGUAUUAUGUAGUUAUCUUUAUUCAUCAUAAAAGUUGUUAUUUCGCAACUGUAACACAGCUUGCUAUUCAUAUUUAAGAAAAUAUUUCACCUGCAGUAAUGAGAGUUACAGUACGUAAAUUAUUUUUAAACAAAAAUCUCAAUUAAUUUAUUACCCUUAUAAAUUUAUUAAUUAUCAUUUACAAAUAUUCCUCCUCUUCGUUUGUUAUUCUUGCUUUUUUUAAUUCAGUGUUAGACCUACUAUAACUAUCACUAAUUCACCUGUUACUGUUGCAUGUGGACUAAUUAAUUCACAUAACUUAAAACCUUGUCCAAAUUGUGCAGUUGGUUGUUGUAAUUGUUCAUCAUCAGCAUCACCAUCAUCAUCAACAACCAGUAAGAAAAAUAUCCACUGGUCAAAUGUCAAUAUUUCGUCAGAAAUCUCUCAUUUUUACAACUCUUUUCAUUAUGCAGAUCAUUUACUUUAUCCAGAUUAAAACUGGUUCUACGCAGUUAUUGUGAUCAUUGUCAUCAUCAUUAUCAACAUACAUUACUUCCCUCAUUUGUAACUAGUAAUCACAUAGCUGUAUUUCACGCACACUUGUUCAUAUAUAUAUAUAUAUAUAUAUAUAUAUAUAUAUAUAUAUAUAUCACUUUUCUGUUCCCGAAUUUUUCCAUUUACUUGUAGAAUUUCCAUCUUAUCAUUAUCGUAGUCACUGAAACAUACUUAUUCAGGAUAAUAUCAAAGCAUUUUCGUUUUUUUUAGAAAUUAAUUGUUACUUCCUUUCGUUCAUAUCUAUUUGUUGAUUUGUAAACUGGUUUCCUUCAUCGAACACUAAUUUAUUGUAGCUGCUUCUCUUCCUUUUUUGUUUUCGAUUUUCAUCCAUAUCUUUUAAUUUGUUUUAAAGCUCAGUUGAAGUACUCACAAAAGGAUAUACAUAGUUUUGCGUAUAUUUUGCGUAGUUGUAUCAUUCUCUGUGUUUAGGUGUGAAUACAUAUAUACUAAUCUAAAUGUAUGUUACAAUAGUCGUAUUUUACAGCCUAUUUUGUGAUAUUUCGUUAUUCGAAUUAUUAUUAUUAUUAUUAUUAUUAUUAUUAUUAUUAUUAUUAUUAUUAUCACUAUAAAUAACACCAUCUAAACUUUUUACCAAGUGAAAAUGUUAAUCACAAAAUUCAAAUGGUCUACUUAUUCUUAUUAUUAAUUUGUUCAUUGAGAAACGUUUAAUAGUACAAACAGGUGGUUCUAUUAUCACUGAUAAAUUAGUUAUGAGAUGGUUAUAUUUAGUAUUAAUGGUGAGAAUUGUUGUAAUGCCUGCAUGUUGUAUUGUAUUGCGUUGAUCGGAUAUAAAGGUUUUGAAUCUUUUAAGAUGUUUUCAAGUAUUCAGCAUUGAACUCUCACGUAAAUUUACUUUCUGUAAAAUAUAAAUUAUUGAUAAAACAAGGAAGAGAAUUCAUUAAUUAUAAAUGACGAUCAUUUAACUAUACUUUAUGUGUAUUAUUGUUUAUAGUUUGUCUGUGUUGUAAGAUGUAAAUGGUUCAUAAUUAUGAUUAAUAUUAUCCCGGCGAAGAUUAUUUAAAUAACACAUACUAGCAUUUGUAGACGCCAAAUGUCUUCACUAAAAGUCUCUUCCAUUGGCCUAGAUAACUACUUCAUUGCAUAAAACAAUUUGACAGAUUGGACAGAUACCAACAUAGAGCGCAAUUAAAAAGUAGCUAUCUCGUCUUAGUAUUGGAUUGCGUAACAGUGCCCAACCUUGACUAUUUACUCAAUUUAAUUAGGGAUUUUUGAGGUCGCUGAUAUAAUAAAAACAUCCG